AUGACCACGAAGCCUGAUUUCAGCCUGAUGGACCAACUAAUUUCUCAAAAGAGCGUGGCCACUGGCAUGAGCCAAGAUAUUGAGAACGCUCCUUUGUUAUCCGGUGAUAUUGUCUCCGCCCAUGUGGAGGACCUUGUCCCGCAAUACGGCUUCCUUGGCUCUUAUACGGAAGGUGCAGACGCGCCGUAUACUAAGAUAUUCCAGAACACCAACGUUCCGUUCUCUACAUUCAUUUGUGGAGUUCAAGGGAGCGGAAAGAGUCAUACUACUGCUGUGAUGCUCGAGAAUGCCCUACUCUCUUCUCCAUAUCUCGGCUAUCUUAAAGCUCCUGUCUCCGCUUUGGUUUUCAACUAUGGCGAGUUUAGUAAUGGUGGGUUGGGCUUCAACAUCAGCGAAGUAGCCUUUCUUGCGGCGGCAAACAAAUCAUUUCCUGGCCAUCGCGUGAAGAAGAUCACGGUACUUACCUCACCCUCGAAUCCUGCGAUCAAUAGGAUCUACGCGCGACUUCCUAACGUUGAGGUUAUCCCAUUUAAACUCAAGGCUAAGGCGCUAGAUAUCGGACCGUUAAUGGCCCUCAUGGCGGUUAACGAGAAGUCAGAGGUCCCUCUCUACAUGGCUAGAGUUGAGAGCAUCCUACGCGCUAUCGCAACGGAAACCAAAGAAGGCGUCUUUGACUACGACCUUUUCAAGAAGAGACUAGCUAUGGAAAACUUCGACCCCAAACAGACCAACAUGCUCGAGAUGCGACUGGGCUUAUUAGAAUCCUUCUUGGAUAAGACGGGCAAGGCCCCAGAACCACAAUUCCGGCAAGGCGAGAUCACAAUCAUCGACCUCUCUGACCCCUUCGUGACUCCUCAUACAGCAUGCAUACUCUUCAAGCUUUGUCUUGAACGAUACAUGCAAUCUCCUACGCCUGGCAAGAUGGUGGUGCUCGACGAGGCACAUAAGUAUAUGCUAGACAACCCUGGCUCGAAAAGUCUUACUGCCUACCUGGCAACACUGGUUCGCCUUCAACGACACAAAGGCGCCCGUGUCGUCAUCUCUACACAAGAGCCCACCGUAUCUACGGACCUCAUCGCACUCUGCUCCGUUACGAUCGUCCAUCGGUUCACGAGUCCUACCUGGUACGCCGCUCUGAAGAAACACAUUAGUGCGAUGGAUGACGACAAGGCCAUCAUGCAGCAGAUUGAGUGUCUUAAAACAGGGGAAGCUCUCAUCUACUCUCCAAAUACCGCGCUUGGCAAGAACGACGAUGGCAAUAUUAGGAAGGCUACUGGCCGUCUUUUGAAAGUAAACAUCAGGAUGAGGGUUACGCGUGAUGGUGGAGAGUCUGUCAUGGCGAUUUAA